AUGUAGACUUAUUGUUUGUUUUUCACAUAAACAAUAACAAAAGGCUUAAAAGUGAAAAGACCAUCUGUAUGCAAAUGAUGUCACAAAUGUGCUGUGCAAUCAUAAUUCCAAGAUCAAGCCUAGGUAAUAAGAACUGUGUCUGCUAUUUCUAGCAUUUUAAAUGCCAGCACAAAACACGAGCCUCUGAAGCUGUUUAAAAACGCUUACUCGGAGAGUUUUCUAAAUGGCCUCUGUGUUUUCACUUGGAUUAUUUUCUGUCUGAACUUGUCAGAUUACGCUUCUUUGACAAGCACAAACAACGAUAGACGUCACCCAUAUUAUGAAUAAUCAAUUUUAUUAAGCUAUCCAGUAAUACAGGAAAGUUGUACUGUUUUUAGCUGUGGAUUUAGGUAAAGUAUUUUUGAAUGUAACUUAAUCUUGUCAAAGUAGGCUAAUAAUACAAGAAUCAGUAUUCCAUUGAUGAAUUCUCGAUCUUGUAAUGAUGAAACACAUGAGAAAAUGAAGUUUUUGCUGAACCUGAUUGGCUGUAAACACUUUGCUCAUCUUUACCGUCAGCCAAUGAGAGAUCACCUCUGUGCUUGGACGCGCUUUAAAACACCCUUAGAUGUAAACAUUGACAGUCAAACAUUUCUUUCGCUUGUGAAAGUCUUGCAGGCAGAAUGCUGUUGUUUGCCUCACUCGUCACACUGUGCAUAAGCGCAGUGUUUGCUGCUCCAACCCUAGACCAGAAGUUAGAUGACCACUGGCACCUCUGGAAGCGCUGGCAUGAAAAAAGCUAUCAUGAGAAAGAGGAGGGCUGGAGGAGAAUGGUUUGGGAAAAGAACUUGAAAAAAAUUGAGCUACACAACCUUGAGCACUCAGUGGGCAAACACACCUUCAGACUGGGAAUGAAUCAAUUUGGUGACAUGACAAAUGAGGAGUUCAGACAGGCAAUGAAUGGUUAUAACCGUGACCCCAACCGGAAGUCAAAGGGCUCAUUGUUCAUAGAACCCAGCUUUUUUACAGCCCCUCAACAGAUUGACUGGAGACAGAAGGGCUAUGUUACUCCUAUCAAAGACCAGAAACGGUGUGGAUCUUGCUGGGCUUUCAGUUCAACAGGUGCCUUGGAGGGUCAAGUCUUCCGGAAAACCGGAAAGCUGGUUUCUCUGAGUGAGCAAAACUUGAUGGACUGUUCCAGACCACAGGGCAAUAAUGGUUGUGAUGGAGGCCUCAUGGACCAGGCCUUCCAAUAUGUUCAAGACAACAACGGGCUGGACUCUGAAGAGUCAUACCCUUAUCUUGCAACGGAUGAUCAGCCAUGCCAUUAUGACCCCCGUUAUAGUGCUGCAAAUGUCACCGGUUUUGUUGACAUCCCCAGUGGUAAAGAGCAUGCUCUUAUGAAGGCUGUUGCUGCUGUGGGUCCUGUAGCUGUUGCUAUUGAUGCAGGACAUGAAUCCUUCCAGUUCUAUCAGUCUGGCAUCUAUUACGAGAAGGCAUGCAGCACCGAAGAACUUGAUCAUGGAGUCUUGGUGGUUGGUUAUGGUUAUGAGGGGGUUGAUGUUGCUGGAAGGAGGUACUGGAUCGUGAAGAACAGCUGGACUGACAGAUGGGGUGACAAAGGCUACAUUUACAUGGCUAAAGACCUAAAGAAUCACUGUGGCAUUGCGACAUCAGCCAGUUACCCCCUAAUGUAAAGCAAUUAGAGCUUUCUCUGCAUUCUGGAAAUGACUUUUGUUUGAUUUUAAUGUGAAUUUGUGUUCAAUUUUAUCAAUGUUUUGCUGUUAGGCCCAAGAUGUUUUAGACAAGUCUUACAGUUUUAGUCUAGAACACUGACAAUAUUUGUAUCAAGUGAUUACUAAAGAUUUAGUAACCUGUUUUUGGUUGACCCAGUGAACCAUUCUGCAUUGUGAUGCAAGUCAUUUCACUACAUCUAAAGCUUAAAUGUGAGUAUGGUAACAAGCUGCUUUAAUGUAAGAGGCGAUCCAUGAAUGUACAAAUGCUGUGCCUUUAUCUUCUGUACUUAACCUGUGAAUGGAUGAAUAAUAAAUAUUCUGUCAUGGAAA